UCUUCAUACAAAUUUUUCAAAUCCAAAUAAAUAGAAGGCUUGUAAGUCUAGAAAAUAUGAGCAAAAAAGAAGAAACAAAGGAUAUAAAUGUAAUUUUCAGAAAAUGAUACCAUUAGUUGAAGAACACGCCUUCGUUGUAGUUAGGUGCCAGAUCCCCUUUUCUUUGUUCGAUUCUUUCAUGGCUUUUUCACAUUAAAGGUAAGGUCUUUCACCUAACCCAUUACCACUACCACUCUCCUCAGCUACUUAGUGUGGAGAAACCGAGGAAAACCCACUAUUUCCACAACCCAAUUGGACUAUUUUCUUCAUUACCCAUUUCAAGAUUUGGUCUUUGAAUCAAUGGAGUUUUUACAGUCAGUGGAUUCUCAUCUCCUUGUGGGUGCUGCUGUAGCUUUUGUUGCAAUUGGGAUUGGUGCUGUUUUCCUCUUUUCUUCUAGGAAGCCUAAAGGCUGCUUGGAUCCUGAAAAUUUCAAGGACUUCAAACUUGUAAAGCGAACUCAACUCAGCCAUAAUGUUGCAAAAUUCACAUUUGAACUCCCAACACCAACUUCAAUUUUGGGACUUCCAAUUGGACAGCAUAUAAGUUGCAGGGGCAAGGAUAGUCAGGGUGAAGAAGUUACCAAACCUUACACUCCUACUACUUUGGAUUCUGAUGUUGGAUACUUUGAACUAGUUAUAAAGAUGUAUCCACAAGGAAGGAUGUCACAUCAUUUUCGUGAGAUGCGUGUUGGAGAUAAACUUGGCGUGAAGGGACCUAAGGGCCGUUUCACAUAUGUACCUGGGCAAGUUAGAGCAUUUGGGAUGCUUGCUGGAGGCUCUGGCAUCACCCCAAUGUUUCAGGUUGCUAGAGCAAUCCUAGAAAAUCCCAAGGACAAAACAGAGGUGCAUCUUAUCUAUGCCAAUGUAACGUACGAGGAUAUUCUUUUAAAGGAGGAGUUGGAUGGUCUGGCUACUAACUACCCCGAACAGUUUAAAGUCUACUAUGUAUUGAAUCAGCCUCCGGAAGUAUGGGAUGGAGGUAUCGGUUUUGUAACAAAGGAAAUGAUUCAAAACCAUUGUCCGGCUCCUGCAGCUGAUGUCAAGAUUUUGAGGUGCGGUCCACCACCGAUGAACAAAGCAAUGGAGGCUCACCUCAAUGAUCUUAACUAUGAACGCGAGAUGCUGUUCCAGUUCUAAUCAUUCCUCUCCGAUGAACUUCACUUUCAGAUCCUUUUUUCUCUCAUGUCGACUAGUACUAUUCUUCUUUCUUUGUUAAUUUCAUGGCAAACUAGAUCGGUUAGAUGUUGGAGACUUUUCAUUGGUAUAAAAAACCCGAAAUGGUAUUAUUGUAUGAGAACUUGAAAAGUUUUACAUGCAGCUUUUUGUGUCUUUUGAUUGGAGCUUAAUAUUUUUUUAUCAUAAUUUGUAUAAUUAACAAGUUGAAGAAGAAAAACACAAGCAAGCCAUUUUCUUUA